AUGAUCCGGACAAAAACCCAGCCCGUGAAGACAAUCGAGGUCGGGCGGCUCGAUGUUGUCCCCCUUAAACCAGAACCCGUCGUCGAGGCCCAAUACUUACAACACGCAAUGAAAGUGGCCAACACCUUCCGUUCUCGAGACACCGGAAAAGGCCUCCUCGCCAUCUUCGUCAACUACGCCGUCAUCGGAUCCUGCAUAUUCCUCUCAGAGAAAGACUGGACCAACCAGUAUCCCAACGCCGUAAAAUGGACCAUCUACACCGCCGCCUGCCUGAUCAUCGCGUCCCGACUGCGCGCUUUUGAAUGCCUCGUCCACGAAGCAUCCCACUUUAACAUGUUCAAGACCCCGUCCACGCACUACAACCUCCAGUUUCUCUAUGCCUUCCCCGUCCUUAAGGUCCUGGAGGACUACCGCCGGGCCCAUCUCAUCCACCACCAGCACCUCGGCGAUCCAACCAAGGACCCGGAUCUUAUACGAAUCUUCGAACUGGGCCUUGAUAAGAUCCCCGAAGACCCGGUGUAUUACCUGUUCACGCUACCUUUCUCCGGAUACGUCCAUUGGGAGUACCUGAGUACCUCGUUCGUCGACUUCUGGACCUCGCGGGCUGCGUACCCCGGCAAGGCGAUCUACUGGGCUGCGGUGCUGGCUGGCGUGUACUUCAGCGAGAAGUCUGCCCUGCUCGUGGGUCUGUACUGGGCCGUCCCGUUCUUCGUCGUCCUGCCUGUUCUCCGCUACUGGGCUGAGGCAGCCGAGCACUGUGGCAUGGACAUGAACGGCAAGUUUGGGAACUCGCGCUCCAACCUUGGGCUCUCGCAUCUGUGGUUCAUGCACCCUCAUAAUGACGGUUACCAUGCGGUCCACCAUCUCCAUGCUCAAGUCCCGUUUCAUCAGCUCCCUGAAGCGCACACGGCUCUGAUGGGCGAGAACGAGGCGUUCCGGACUAAGACCGUUGUUUCCAGAGGAUUCGUCGAGACGUUUUGGCAGAUGGCAACAAAGAAGACGGUGGUAAAGCGGGCUGGAAAUGUUGUCGAUGAGCGUCUUGGAAAGCCUUGA